UUUGAGAACUUGACAAAAUCAGCAACAUGAGAAAACAACUUUUAGGUGUAUUACUUACGAUCUUAUUCAGUGUUGAGAUCAAUGCUCAAAGUUAUGUUAUCACGAACGAUACGGGUAUAGCCCAAUCCAUAGCUCCAUCAAUUCCAGUUGAGAGGAAUGGAAAUACUUUAUAUUACUUUGGAUAUACAUAUACGGGUUCUUGGUUAGGAGCGAUGGAGCAUUGCAAAUCACUUAAUAUGGAUUUAGCUAGUAUAGAAUCGCAGGAAGAAAACGAUUUUCUUUACAAUCGGAUGAAACCAUUCCUUGGAGGUGGAGUUGAAUAUUGGUUUUGGACAUCGGGAACUACAUUAUCUAGCGGCAGAUGGAUAUGGAUGAGAACAGGCCGUCCAAUUGGUUGGGCUAACUGGGGCGAAGGUUACGUUGGUCUCGGAAGAUGUCUAGAGGUUAGAUACAACUACGCUAGCGGUCUUAAAUGGCACGACACACUUCAAAAUGAGGGCCGUCAUGCUUUAUGUGAGGCUAAGAUUACAAGAACGGUGGCAGAUUUGAUUCCUAAAUUUUGUAAUAGAUGGGACUACACUAAAUGAUGUAAAAGUUUAAAAGAGAUGUAUUAUAAAAGAAUGGUUUAGUGUGGAUUUUUAACUUACGUGUAUUGCUUAUUGUGUGUAUUUUAAAUAAAUAAAGUUCGUCGCAUAUUAUAAAUUAAUAAAUGAAAA